CGGCAGUCACAAGUCCUACUUCAUCUGACAGUACACCAACAAUUUGUGGUAGACCUAUUAUGUCCCGCUUCAGGCCGGACUUAUUCAGGAUAGUAGGAGGGCAAGACAGCACACCCGGCACCUGGCCUUGGCAAGUGAGCUUGCAGCGACCCCCUUAUCAUUUCUGUGGGGGUUCCCUCAUUGCCAGCCAAUGGGUUCUAACUGCAGCGCACUGCUUUGCAAAUAUGGAUACAACCAAUCUGUUUGUGGGGCUUGGUUUUCAAGACCUGUCUGGCUUCAACAACAAUGCUGUGACCAUUCCAGUGUCCAGGAUCAUACGGCACCCCAGCUUUAGUUCAAGUACAUUCAAUAAUGACAUUGCACUACUACAGAUGAGUGCCCCAGUUACCUUCACGGACUACAUCAGGCCUGUCUGCCUAGCAGAUGGCAACAGUGUGUUCCAUACCAGCACAGAGAGUUGGGUCACUGGCUGGGGGCACAUUAAGGAAGGAGUGUCGAACCCAGCUCCUGGAACUCUACAGGAAGUUGAUGUGCCUGUCAUAGGAAACAGACAGUGUAAAUGCUACUAUGGCAGAUAUAUUACUAACAAUAUGAUCUGUGCUGGUUAUGUCGCUGGGGGCAAAGAUGCAUGCCAGGGAGAUUCAGGUGGUCCAAUGGUGAUUGAACAGAACUCAGUUUGGAUCCAGUCAGGAAUAGUCAGUUUCGGCCUUGGAUGUGCUCGACCAAAUUAUCCAGGAGUUUACGCCAGGGUGUCAUCUUACAAGUCCUGGAUUGAGUCCCACACCAGCAAUGAUCCACCAAGCUACGUCCACUUCUCCUCGACUGGGGUGGAUGCUGACAGCAGUUUCACGUGUUAGAGGAGCACAAUGACUUCACCUGAAAGCGAAAGCCCAACUGGGAAACUCCAACUCCCAUUGUCAUUGUGACACAGAACACAAGUGGUCACUGCACACUGAACACAACGAAAUUGCAUUUAUGACUCACCCCUGCAAGGGGGCAGCCCCCAAUGGGUUUCCAUGGGAGCAGUGCGGCAGGAUGGUACCAUGCUCAGGGUACCUCAGUCGUGGAGGAGGGUGGGGAAGAGCACUGGUUAAUUACUCCCCCCACCU